GAACGUUUCACCUCCAUGACCCGCCUGUACUACAGGGAGGCCUCAGGCUGUGUCAUCAUGUUUGAUGUCACCAACAGCAGCACCUUCAGCAACAGCCACAAGUGGAAGCAGGACCUGGACAGCAAACUGGUGCUGCCAGAUGGGAGCCCCGUGCCCUGCCUGCUGCUGGCCAACAAGUGUGACCUUUCCCCGUGGGCAGUGACCAGGGAGGAAAUCGACAGGUUCAGCAAAGAAAAUGGAUUUUCAGGGUGGGUGGAGACGUCUGUGAAGGAAAACAAAAACAUCAACGAGUCCAUGAGGGUUCUGAUUGAGAAGAUGAUGUCCUCACCCUCAGGCGAUGGCAGCUCCUGCUCUGCUGGCUCUGGGGAUUACAUCAACAUCAAGGAGACCUCUCCUCCAGGCUGGGCCUGCUGCUGAGGCUGCUGGCACUCUGUGCCCUCAUCAUCAUCAUCACCAUCAUCAUCACCAUCAUCAUCGUCAUGGUCGCCUCUCCCUGGACUCUCCCUGGUUUGGGGUUUUUUCCUGGGAUUUUGAACUCUUCAGUGCUGUUUGCUCAGCACAGCCCUGAGCAGCGCCUUGGA